AUGAGCUCCAAGGUUCUUACACUUCUUGCCGUCGCCGGCCUUCUUUCGGCAUCCGUGGCGUGUUCGACCGAGUCUGAUGUGGAAAUUACCUUUUACGGGUAUCCUGACAACGAUCCUCCCAGUGCGGACAUUGCCUAUGAUUGUGGUCGUGGUUACACGGCAGGAGGCACCGGCACGUAUGAUGACCCUCUUACCUUUGCCACUGCUCCUGGGGAGUUUGAAAAGUGUGAGAUCAUCUAUCUGCCGUACCUUCGCAAGUACCUCCGCUUCGAGGACACUUGCGCGCAGUGUACUACCGAUUAUGACAACGGCAAGCUCCACAUCGAUAUUUGGACUGGGUCUACCAAGUCCAGUGGUGGCGAUACCCAGAUUGACUGCGAAGAUUCUUUGACCCCGGAUGAUUCUCAAACCGUCAUCAUCAGCCCGGGAACCUCCUACACCGUCAACUCGGACGAGCUCUUUGCGAGCGGCAAAUGCUAUACAUCGAACACUUAUAGCAGUGCCGACGCUUCAAGCUACUGCAGUUCCGGUUCUUCGGGUUCGAGCUCCAGCUCUGGCUCCGGGUCCGGCUCCUCCUCAUCUUCCUGCUCCUGGUCAGGCCAUUGUGCCGGAGCUUCCUGCUCAACCGAGAACGACUGCUCCGACAAUCUCACCUGCCAGAGUGGCAAGUGCGCCUGA